GAGACAAAUAUUGGACUGGGGACAUGUAUCUUAAAUAUAAUUGUUGUGGUGGUGGUCAAGACAUGUUUGAGUGGUAUAACCGUUAAUAACACGCCUGAUUGAGAUUCUUUUCUCUCUCUGGUAAUAAGAGUGACUUCUGUUUUAAAGUCACAUGUGCCUUGUCUCCGACAGUUUUAUCUCUCUUCUCGCUCCUUGGCUCUGGUUCACAUGGUACUUCAAUAAGAUUCACUAACUUUAAGGUGUUUCAUCUCAGAAGAGUCAGGUGGGUACUUCUAAGAUUAUUUUCUUUUUCUUCACACGAGCAAUUCUGUUUGAUCUUGAACUCCUCCGGUCACACAUAAGAUUAUAAACCCUCUCUCUCUCUGUCUUGAUACUGUCUGCUCAAGUAAUCUAGCCACCGACCAAAAAGAUUAUUACAAGGUGUGAAUCACACAAGUGGCAAGAAAUGUACAAGCAUCCAAGACAAGGGAUUGAAGCUUACUCUUUACCUCCUUUUGAGGCCAACUCUGUUGGGAAGCUUAGAUACAUACCGGUUAACAACUCCCGUAAACGGUAUUGCAUGCUCGAGCCAUCAUCAUCAUCACCUGACUCUACGGUUUUGGUAUCAAACAACAACAACAACUCGACACAUGAGGAUACGUCCGCCUCUUGUGUGACCGACGACUUUAAUGACAAGAUUAAGGAACUUGAAACAGCGAUGAUGGGACCAGACUGCUUAGACUUAGCCCUUUAUUACAAUGACUCAUUUGUAUCAACGCCAUGUCAAGUGACUAAUAGCUGGAGAUCAACUCUAGAGGCCGUCUCUAGACGCGACCUAAGAGCUGAUCUUGUUUCAUGUGCCAAAGCUAUGUCUGAAAACGAUCUUAUGAUGGCAAAUUCAAUGAUGGAGAAGCUGCGUCUAAUGGUUUCUGUUUCAGGCGAGCCUAUCCAACGGUUAGGAGCUUACUUACUAGAAGGCCUAGUGGCUCAGCUAGCUUCAUCAGGUAGUUCCAUAUACAAAUCACUUAAUAGGUGUCCUGAACCGGCAAGCAACGAGCUUCUCUCCUACAUGCACAUCCUCUACGAGGUUUGCCCUUACUUCAAGUUCGGAUACAUGUCAGCAAAUGGUGCCAUUGCUGAAGCCAUGAAGAAUGAAAACAGAGUUCAUAUUAUCGAUUUCCAAAUCGGUCAAGGGAGUCAAUGGGUUACUCUUAUCCAGGCUUUUGCGGAGAGGCCCGGUGGGCCUCCUUGGAUACGUAUAACGGGUAUUGAUGAUAUGGCUUCAGCGUAUGCGCGUGGAGGUGGGUUGAGUAUUGUGGGAAAUAGACUUGCUAAGCUUGCUAAGAAGUUUAACGUUCCAUUUGAGUUCAACUCGGUGUCGGUGUCGGUGUCAGUGGCUGAAGUUAAACCUAACAACCUUGGAGUCCGAUCAGGGGAAGCUCUAGCCGUUAACUUUGCCUUUGUGCUUCAUCAUAUGCCUGACGAAAGCGUUAGCACAGAGAAUCACCGGGACCGGUUACUGAGAAUGGUUAAGGGCUUAUCUCCCAAAGUGGUGACUCUAGUGGAGCAAGAAUCAAACACAAACACGGCUGCUUUCUUCCCAAGGUUCAUGGAGACAAUGGAUUACUAUGACGCUAUGUUCGAGUCGAUUGAUGUAACACUUCCAAGGAAUCACAAACAAAGGAUUAAUGUGGAGCAGCAUUGUCUUGCAAGAGAUGUUGUGAACAUCAUUGCAUGCGAAGGAGCUGAUCGGGUGGAGCGGCACGAACUCCUAGGGAAAUGGAGGUUACGGUUUGGUAUGGCGGGUUUCACUCCUUACCCGUUGAGUCCCCUGGUGAAUUCUACUAUUAAAAGGCUGCUCAGGAACUAUUCGGACAAGUAUAGGCUUGAAGAAAGAGAUGGAGCCUUGUAUCUUGGUUGGAUGAAACGAGAUUUGGUUGCCUCAUGUGCAUGGAAAUGAUACGAAGAACGAACACAUAUACAUAUAUUGUACUUUCAGUUAAAGUGGUUUCUACAUGUAGGCAAAUUUAGUCACUCAUUUGAAUCUUCAAAAAAAUAGAGAUUCUUAUGUCUAGUAUUCGAGACCAAUGUAGAUGAACAACAAUGAGGACCGGCUCUAAAAUUUAUUAGACUUGAAAGAAUUAUGAUUUGGAAACA